AUGCUCCGUAUCAGGAGGCUUUCCGGGCAAGAGCUGACUGCCUCCGCAGACGAAAUCGCAAAUGCCGCAUCUUUGAAGAAGCACUUGUGCAAGCAGUAUGAGCUUCCCGUGUUCUUGCAGAACCUUCUGAUCCUUUUGCAUGAGGGAAAUCAGUUGGGUGAUGGAGCAAAGCUGGAGGCAUCCAUGGAGCUGCAAGCAGUGCUGACCAUCUCCGGGCUUUCGGAAAGCGACCAUCGCUUAGCCGAGAAGGAGUUGCUAAAGGCUGCUGCUCAGAAUCGUGGGAAAGUGGUGCGCUCGUUGCUGGAAGUUGGUGUUGCUAAAGAUUGCCAUACCCCUGCCGGCAAGACUCCCCUAAUGCUCGCAUGUGCGCAUGGUCACUUGGAGAUUGUCAGCUUACUGCUGGGAGCCGGUGCUGACCAAAAAUGCCAGAGCAAUGCCGGCAACACAGCCCUUAUGUUUGCAUCUAACAGGGGUGACGUGGAGGUUGUACGUUUGCUUCUGGGAGCUGGUGGUCAUAAACAGAAAAACUACCGCAACGGCGAGGGCAGGACAGCCCUGAUGCACGCAGCCGCAGGUGGUCACCUUUGGGUUGUACGCUUGCUGCUGGACGCUGGUGCCAGUGUAAACCUCGUGGAUGAGUGCGGCAGGACAGCUGCAGGGCUCGCACUUGACAGUUGGCAUUUCUCACUUGCACAGAUCUUGUUUGAUGCUGGUGCUUCUUGGAAACUGUCAUGA